AAGCCACUUUGUCUCAACUUUUGGAGUUUCAUGGGUCAAUUGAAGCAAAAGGGUUCCUGUAGCAGAUCCCAGACAGUAUCACUUGUGUGCUAAGAAUGUCAACCAAUGAACUUGGUCAACAUCAGAUGAUGAAGACACAUUUGCUCAAAGUGCACAUUAACUGUCUAGGAUGCCGGCGGAAAGUGAAGAAACUCCUCCGGAAGAUCGACGGUGUUUACACGGUACACAUUGAUUCGGAGCAAGAGUUGGUAACUGUUUCCGGCACGGUGGAUUCCGAUAUUUUGAUUGAGAAGUUGGCAGGUUCUGGUAAACACGCAGAGCUUUUCCUUCCAGACUUCAAAACGAAUCAGAAGCAAGAAGGAGAUGGAUCAAAGACAUACUCAGACAACGAUAUACAGAUCCUACGUCGAGCGGAUACAAUGCCCUCCGCAUUCUUUGAAGGAGAUAGGACCCUUGGAAACUAUCUCAACCAGAACAUCGGAGAGAGCGCCUCAAUGGCCAGGAGGGUUGAUGCUCUCCAUUGGAAGGGAGACAUGAAUCCUGAUGUCCAUACACGAAGAAACGGCCUCGGUUACGCUGGCUUCGGAGGCCAUCCGACUGACUACCAAAAUCUUUCCGCCGUUCACCACCAUCUCCCACAAAUGCCGAUUUGGGUUCGCCCAUACCAAUUGCAGGCUCCUGAGAUUAUGCACGUCCAUAACCACGACGAAUUAAUGGUGAAGGACGGCCCGAGUGACUAUAGCUCGUAUCUCUCAUGGCUUUAUGGGAGGCAACCCGAAAUUCACUUCACUCCGUGAUUGCGAUUACAGCAUGAAUAAGUGCAAUGGCUGUCUAGUCUCUAGUCUCUAGAUUCUAGAUUCUACGCAAUAGAAAAUCCAUAACUCUACGUAUUAGCAAAUUAAAGCCCAUUUAAGUGGUCAUUUAUCUAUGUUGAGGACGUCCCGGUUUUAAUCUACUUCAAGUUUAAUCCAUUGUAGGUCGAUUUCGGGUUUGUGUAGGAGAAGAUUCUGAAGUCGCACUCCCGCAAAUUGAUAAUAUUU